AUGCGUUGUUGUCACUUGAUUCAGUUGCUCGGACAACUGUCUAUUGUUAGUCUGGUCUUAGCCUUUGCUGAUUCCAAUAGAACAGAGUUGAAUCAUGUUGUGGAACGUGUUUUUUCGCGUCAAAAGAGAUUUGUGCUAUUUCCAAAGGGUUCGAAUCUAAAAUUUACUGGAUCAAUGAGUAAAGGUCUAUUGUCAAAGUUUCCAAAGGGCGUAUCGAUGAACAUUGAACAGGCCUGUUACUUUCCUGUACCCUCCAGUCGUGAGGAUGUCUAUCCGAAACGCUUCCGACCCAGAACAACAACAACUCCAGCACCAUUAACAACAACAGAGCCGACAUAUGUUUGGAUUGCGGGUACAGAUUGGCGCUUUAAGGCGACACCUCUUAAGAAACCAAUGCCCCUCAAAUUGCAUCAACGGAUUGACCACAGACCUCAUGUGGAUCCAGCCAAGUGGAAGCAGUAUGGACAGCAGUAUAAAGAUAGGACUCCAGCUAAUAAGUAUGCACCUGGGAAGUCUGGGAAGUAUGGACAACAAUACCAGAACUGGAACCCAGCUGAUAAGUACGAAAAGAAGUACAAGAAUUGGAUGCCAGCUGAGAGGUAUAAGGAGCCUGGAAAAUGGAGCAAGUGGACUACAGUCUCACCCCAUUGGAGCAACUAUGGCAAACGUUGGCACAGAUCUGCGGAAGAUCAAGAGCCUUACGAUCCCGAAAUAGCCGAUUAUGAAGCUGUUCACUAUCCAGAUCUAAGCCACCUCACGAGCUGGCGACAUUAUCACGGGCAUCGGGAUCGUCGACAGCUCUUUGAGCAAUUUGGAGCAUUUACAAAGCUUCUUGGCAUUGACAUGAAGGCUUGUAUUCUGAGGGCCAUCUGCGAUAGCAAACGUUUGCUGCUGCCACCUGGUUACUCCAUGCUCCAGGACAUUGUGCGCCUAAUCUUUACCAUGCCCACCAUAUCGGGCGUUGAAGAUGACUAUAGUCGCAUAAUGCGCAUGGAUUCGGAGGAUUGUGAUCGUCAGUUUCGUGAUCAAUGUAAAUUGGAUAUAUUGGCCUGGCUGCUUGGCUUGAAUAAAACACAAUUGUAG